CACUUAAAAAGAGAAAACAUUUAUUUUGAUUUCUGGUUUCAGAGCUUCCAGGAUGUGAUUGUUCAAUUCUUCAUUUUUGGGUCAGUUGAUCCACCCUGUGGCAGAUGUGCACGCAGACCAAAAUCACUCACUUCAUGGCCAGAAAGUAAAAGAGGAAGGGGCUGAGACCCCUUCUCUGUCCUUCCAGUGCAGGCUCAGAGUGACCUGAAGACUUCCUAUUAGGGCUCACCUCCCAAGGGGCCAUUACCUCCUAAUAGUGCCCUGUGCUGGGUCCAAAUACAUUAAUCACGGACAUUCCAGAUCCCAACUAUACCUUUCUCUAUCCAAGGCCAAUGUGUGGCCCUACAGACCCUGAAGUAACAUUCCCUCUAUAAUGAAAAUGGUGGCUUACUUGAGAAUUCUGGGUCCUAGUAUUCAGGAUUUUUGCAUGGGAGGGGCUGAACUAGGCAUAGAAAGAGGGCACAAGCCCUGGGCACUGACUUUGAGCUGCCCAAACAGAACUACCUGCCUGACCUUGUAUCAGGCUUCAACCAUCCACAUCAGAGUGAACGGAUUCAUGUUCUUUUCGGCUUUUUCAGGCUCAGCCUCUGUAUGCCCGUUAGUCCCUGGGAAUACCUUCAGAAAAUAUUUGUUGAAUCAAUCAGUGUUUGAGUAACUUUGUAAUUGAACUGCAUUUACACAUUAUAUUCUGACCAAUACUUGUCACCUGACUGCCACCAGGGUGGUUAAUGAGUACUGUCCUGUCUGUGUUGCUGGAUUGCCUUGCUCUGUGGGCCUGGCCUCUCAGUGAUGGCCACCUGCUUUUCUCUUGCUCCAGUCAAGGACGCCAGCUGCUAUGUCCAUGGCUCCUCUUUCUUUGGAAAAGGCUGUUCAUGCUUUCUGACCUCUCCGCAACAUGUCUGAUGCGUUGGCUAAUGCCUCCUGCCAGCGCUGCCAGGCCCACUUUGCCCCUGCAGAGCGCAUUGUCAACAGCAAUGGGGAGCUGUACCAUGAGCAGUGCUUUGUGUGUGCCCAGUGCUUCCGGCCGUUCCCUGAGGGGCUCUUCUAUGAGUUUGAGGGCCGGAAGUACUGCGAACAUGACUUCCAAAUGCUCUUUGCUCCAUGCUGUGGAUCCUGUGGUGAAUUCAUCAUUGGACGUGUUAUCAAGGCCAUGAAUUCCAACUGGCACCCGGGAUGCUUCCGCUGUGAGCUGUGUGACGUGGAGCUGGCCGACCUAGGCUUUGUGAAGAACGCAGGCAGGCACCUCUGCCGGCCUUGCCACAAUUGUGAGAAGGCCAAGGGCCUGGGCAAGUACAUCUGUCAGCGGUGCCACCUGGUCAUUGAUGAGCAGCCGCUCAUGUUCAGGAAUGAUGCUUACCACCCGGAUCACUUCAAUUGCUCCCACUGUGGGAAGGAGCUGACUACCGAGGCCCGAGAGCUGAAGGGGGAGCUCUACUGCCUGCCUUGCCAUGACAAGAUGGGUGUUCCCAUCUGUGGAGCAUGCCGUCGGCCCAUUGAGGGCCGGGUCGUCAAUGCACUGGGCAAGCAGUGGCAUGUGGAGCACUUUGUCUGUGCCAAGUGUGAGAAGCCCUUCCUGGGACACCGGCACUACGAAAAGAAGGGCCUGGCCUACUGUGAGACCCACUACAACCAGCUCUUUGGGGAUGUGUGCUACAACUGCAGCCAUGUGAUCGAGGGAGAUGUGGUGUCUGCCCUCAACAAGGCCUGGUGUGUGGACUGCUUCUCCUGCUCCACCUGCAAUAGCAGGCUUACCCUGAAGAACAAGUUUGUGGAGUUUGACAUGAAGCCCGUAUGCAAGAGAUGCUAUGAGCGGUUCCCGCUCGAGCUGAAGAAGCGGCUGAAGAAGCUGUCUGACCUGAGCGCCCGCAAGGCGCAGCCCAAGGCUGUGGAUGUCAACUCUGCCUGAGGCCUUCCAGCCUCCUUCUUGGGACCCCUGCUGUCUCCUGGCUGACUCUCAUUUUUGUUCUGGGUUCUGCCCUUUCUGCGCUGCCUUUCCUUCUCAUUUUCGCCCUAUCGCUCCUAUCUGCACACCCUCUCUUUUCAGUCCCAUAUCUUUGCCUGCUUAAGUGUCUUCUCUCUUCCUUGCCAGCUCUUCUCUUCCCGUCCAUGCUGAGGCCUAGCCUACACCACAGUCAUGCCCACAACCUUCAGAGACAGAAGCAAGCUGAUGCCAAGUUCACCACCUGCUCCCACCUGUCUGACAGUUGUCUUUUCCCACAGAGGACUUGUUGAACCCACUCACCUGCAGAAUCUUGGUCCCAGAAAGGCCCUGCCAAGUCACUUCGGGGCCUUAACCCCAGAGUGGCCUGGCCCACCCUGUGCAUGUGGAGGCUUUGCCCUCCUCUACUCUCAGUCACUAGGAUUCCCUGUGCCCAAGCUGAGGUGGUAGUGUUUUGCCACUCCCACCCCUGAACCAGCUGGAGGGACAAGGACUCCAUUCAGGCCGUCACUUGGGAGGCCUUGCAGAAAACCUGCCCUGGCUGCCUGCUGCAGCUGAAGUCUUCUCUCCCCACUCUAGAGCCAGUAUGGCGCUUCUAGAUAUGGUCAGGAACCAGAGAGUGAUAGAGAAAGGGAUGGCUCAUUCCCACACAUAGGGGAAACCUUUCCUCCACAGCCAGAGCAGAUGUGGCACUGGACUCACACGUGUACAAUAAAAGCAGAUUCACACA